AUGAAAAUUUUCUUUGUCUUCAACAGAGAAGAUGGUGAAUUAGAAGAUGGAGAAAUAGAUGAUGCAGGAUUUGAAGAAACUCAAGAACAGAAAGCAAAAGAAGGUGAAAAGCAGAAAAAUGAGAAAGCAUAUAGAAAAUCAAGGAAAAAGCACAAGAAAGAGAGAGAAAAGAAAAAAUCCAAAAGGCGAAAACGUGAGAAACACAAGCACAAUUCUCCAUAUAGUGAUGACAGUUCUGACUACAGCCUUGCUUCAGAUGUUGAACGUACAGAAAGUUCCCAUAAAAAAGGAUCAAGUUUCUGUAGGGAUUAUAACAUUCCAUUUCCUCAGCGUGGACAUAUAUCAGGAAGCUACAUGACAUCACAAAAAGAUCAGCACAACAAAAAGUUUAAAAACAAAGAAUAUGAUGAAUACAGUACCUACAGCGAUGACAACUUUGGCAAUUACAGUGAUGACAACUUCGGAAACUACGGUCAAGAAACAGAGGAAGAUUUUGUUAAGCAGCUAAAACAAUACAGACAGUCUAAAGAAAUAUCAAAUACUGCUUUAGGAUCAUCAUUUUCUAAAGAGCUAGGGGAAAAGCAGAGGAUUAAAGGAUACCAGCAAGGCCUUGAGCUGAGGGUUAAAAGUUAUAAUGUUGGUCGUGGACGUGGUUUGCAGAAGAAAAUCAAACGCAAAGAUCGUGGGCCAAGAUCCAGUAAAGGCCCGACUGUUUUUCCAGGAGUGGAUGAUUUUCAGGAGAAUAGUAAACCAGGGACAAAAUGGAAGGUUAUGACUCAGGAAUUUAUCAAUCAACACACAGUGGAACACAAAGGAAAACAAAUUUGUAAAUACUUUCUGGAAGGCAGAUGUAUUAAGGGAGAUCAGUGUAAAUUUGAUCAUGAUGCAGAGUUGGAGAAGAGGAAAGAGAUAUGCAGAUUUUACUUACAAGGAUAUUGCACCAAAGGAGAGAACUGCAUUUAUAUGCAUAAUGAAUUUCCAUGCAAGUUCUAUCAUACUGGAGCAAAAUGUUACCAAGGAGAUAACUGUAAAUUUUCUCACGAUGAUUUGACUAAAGAAACAAGGAAACUUUUAGAUAAAGUGUUGAAUACUGAAGAAGAAUCCACAAAUGAAGAUGAGAGAGAAUUAGAAGAACUGAGAAAACGUGGCAUAACUCCCCUCCCCAAACCUCCUCCAGGAGUUGGGCUUCUGCCAACUCCACCAGAGCAUUUUUCCUUUUCUGAACCUGAAGAUGAUUUUCCAACUGAUCUCUCUGAUGAUUUCAGGAAAAUUCCAUCUCUUUUUGAAAUAGUUGUGAAACCUACUGUGGAUUUAGCACACAAGAUUGGGAAGAAGUCACCAGCAUUUUAUAACAGUGCCUCCCCACCAGGACCACAGUUUCAGGAAAGCAGUCCACAUGCUCAGCAUGUCUACAGUUCUGAGUCCAGUCCAGGUCCUCUACCUAACAUGGCUCAGGGAGAGAGCAGUCCUGUGAUGCACCCAGGUUCCCCGGUACAUCACCCAUGUGCAGGACCUCCUGGUCUACCAGAGCCACAGGGUUCACCUCUGCCACCUGGUCCACCUGGAAUUGUAGGUCCUCACAGUCAAGCUGGAGUGCUUGUUCACCCAGGUGCACCCUUGACACCACCCAGCAUGAGUGGCUUUCAAGGACAUAUGAUGAGCGUAUCUCGGGAGACCCAGAAUCCAGGUUUACCACAUCAACAAAAUCCUGAUGAAGUGCAGCUUAAUGCCAAUUACGAAUCCCUACCAAAUCCAGCUGAAUUUUAUGAUAAUUACUAUCCACAUCAUGCUGUCCAUAAUUUCCAGCUUCCCAGUAACACUGGUGAUGAGAUGUGGCAUGAUGAGUUUACCCAGCACCAGCCUCCCGCUGUUGAAGAUGCCUAUAAUAUCCCUGGGUCUGACAGCAGCACCAUGACAGUCCCCAGCCCUCUGACUGCACCAGGUCUCCUCCCUGCGGUGCAGAGGGCACUUUUUGUGAGACUUAAUCAGAAAUACCAAGAAGAUGAAGAGCAAAGCAGCACUGCAUCUCACAGGACACCAGUCAAAGAAGAAGAUGAUACUGUUAACUGGUAUUCCAGCAGUGAAGAGGAUGAAGGAAGCAGCGUCAAGUCAAUACUGAAAACAUUACAGAAGCAAACGGAAACUUUUCAGAAUAAACGUCUCCCUCCCACAGAACUCACAACUCCUACCGAUCCAAGGCUUGCUAAAGAGAAAAAUAAAGUACACCGGGUGGCUGAUCCGAGACUUAGGACUGUGCCAAGACAAGGUGUUAAAAAUCCUUCUGAGUCCACACCAGUGGAUCUUAGACUUGCGUGGGACCCCAGGAAGUCAAAAGGGAAUAUUACUGCCCAUACAGGCUCCUCUGGCACUGGAGCCAAGUGCGAUCUACGUCAUGCAAAUACUGGCACUAAUGUCAAACAUAAAAGAGGAGAUGAUGAAGAAAUUGUGGAAAGAGAACUGAGAGAAAAAGCUUUCUUAAUACCUUUGGAUCCUUCACCUGGUAUAAUUCUCCAGGAUCCAAGGUCACAGUUGAGACAGUUCAGUCAUAUUAAAAUGGAUAUUAUCCUAACCAAACCAAACUUUGCAAAACAUAUCGUGUGGGCUCCAGAAGAUUUACUUCCAGUACCUUUACCUAAACCUGAUCCAGUAUCUUCAAUCAAUUUACCUCUACCCCCUCUUAUAGCUGACCAGAGGCUCAGUAGGUUGUGGGAUGCAAAAAGUGAUAUUCAUCAAAACAUACCACCUGUUGAUCUGAAAUUAGCAGUCAAAGCCAAAAAUAACACAACAAACAAAGAAGGCUACCUAGAUCAAUUUGGAGAUGUACAUAGUUCAGGAAGUAAAUUAGGAGAUCCCAGACUGCAAAAAAAUUUUGAUCCUAGACUUCACAGACUGCCCAGUACAGAGUCGCGUCAGAUGGUUACAAAAGAUUGUCAUUCGACUAAAGGUCCCCUUCCUCUAACAAAAUCAAACCCUGGUCCAUCCCAGGCCUCAGGGGCAGUAUCUCGCAGUGCUGGGACUGGGGCUCUGCCUCCAUAUGUCCCUAAACUGUCAUCUUCAACUGGCCUUUCACUGGGAAGUCCAAGUUCAGUUCUUAGUAGUAUUAGUUUGUAUGAUCCGAGAGAGCAUGGUUCAUUAUCUACAUCAGAACUAGGAGAAAAUGCAGAAAACCAGAAAAAGAGUGGCAUUUUAAAAAGUAGUGGCAAAAAUGAGCCUUCUACUGCAGAAGCAAUCCUGCCACCAAAAAACACUCCAAACAGAGAAGUCACUGUGGAGGGGGCAGCUGACCCCCAAGCAGGCAUUCUCAGGGGUCCUGGUAAGGUGCAGGCCCCAGCAGUACAUAGUCUUCCUAUCCCUGCAUUAACAGGCUUAAUUAGACCCCAGUACAGUGAUCCAAGGCAAGCAAGGCAGCCGGGCCAGGUGAGCCCGGUCCCAGAGAAUGACCCCAGUAAAGAAGCUGAUGACAAAUCUCUGAAAGAGGUUUUCAAAACUUUUGAUCCAACCGCUUCACCAUUUUGUUAG